CGGCUGGCUACUGUCACUCUCACUCCCUCCCACUCACAACACAGAGCUUCCAAUCUUCCAUAGUCACUCACACCUCACACUCACAAGUCACACCACCGCUGACCGCUCCCAACCGUGCUGCAUCUGGCGCCGUCGCAGUCUCGCACAGACCUCCUCACGCUCGCACCUCCCUCCUCACGCUCGCACAGACGGCUAAGUCGCACCCAGCAGUCGCGGCGCUCCUCGUCACCGUCGCCUCCUCAGUCCAAUGGGUUCUAGCCACCUCCGCUGCUCCGUCUAGUCAUUGUUGCCACUGAUCGUCGGUCCUGGGCUCCUGGGUCCUGUCCUCUCGCUCUCUGGGUCUGCUCGUCUGUCCUCUCGCCCUGGGUCUGCUCGUCUGUUUUCAUGGAAUUGUUCCUUGUGAUCUUGCCGAAAGAUUCUUGAGGACCUUUUAAGAUGUUGGCAAUUGAUCCUGCAAAGAAAUUAUCUUUCAAUAGAUUGAUUAGCAAUGGUGAUUUGGUUAUAGUUUAUGAAAGGCAUGACAACAUGAAGGCAGUAACAGUGUCUGAAAAUUCGGUACUGCAGAAUCGAUUUGGUGUUUUUAAGCAUUCGGAAUGGAUAGGAAAGCCAUUUGGGUCUAAAGUAUUCAGCAAUAAGGGUGGUUUUGUAUAUUUGUUGGCUCCAACACCAGAGUUAUGGACUCUAGUGUUAAGCCACAGGACUCAGAUUCUCUAUAUUGCAGAUAUUAGCUUUGUUAUCAUGUACUUGGAGGUUGUUCCUGGUUGCUUGGUUCUUGAAUCUGGCACUGGAAGUGGAUCUUUAACUACUUCGCUUGCAAGGGCUGUUGCUCCUACGGGACAUGUCCAUACGUUCGACUUCCAUGAGCAACGAGCUGGAUCGGCUAGGGAUGAUUUUGAGAGGACAGGUCUAAGCAGCAUAAUUAGUGUGCGAGUUAGGGAUAUUCAGGGCGAGGGAUUUCCGAAUGAAUUUGCUGGCUUGGCUGAUGCUGUAUUCUUGGAUCUACCCCAACCAUGGCUUGCUAUUCCCUCAGCCGCAAAAAUGUUAAAACAAGAUGGUACAUUGUGCUCAUUCUCUCCAUGUGUUGAGCAAGUACAGCGAUCGUGCGAAACACUUCAAAACUGCUUCACAGAUAUAAGAACAUUUGAGGUGCUGUUACGCACAUACGAAGUUAGAGAAGGGAAAAUGGAAAACCUUAAUGGAGACAACAAUGGGUCUAAUGGUUCUUCUCUGCCUUGCAAGAGGAGGCAACGUUCCGACGGAAGCUAUGCGCCAGACAGUACUGUUUCUUCGGUUAUGGCUAGACCUUGUGGCGAAGCUAGAGGUCACACAGGCUUUUUGACAUUUGCUAGACUUAAAUGCCUCUGAUGAACAUUGCUACCAUGUCCAUCCAUUUUUGUAGCAAGGAAAAUAGGCUUUCAAUUU